GACCCUCGCUCAACAAACAAAAACAGAGAGCCCAGUUUGUUCUCGCGUGCUUUUCCUCCCUCCUUAACUUCCCAACAUAUUUUUAGGUGGAAUUUCGCCCUCUUAUCUCCCUCAGUUUCUUCAACCGGAAUCAUCCAUUCGUUCGUUCUUUUCUGCUUAAUCCCACUUUUCCCCCUCCCCCUUGUUUUCGUUAAUUGCAGAUAGGAGGUCUAUUCUUCGAGCAGAAUAGUCUCCAGUGACGGGGGUCUUCAGCUACUGCUGCCCUUUUGCGAUUGCUUCAAACUGAGAGAAAAGGGCUGGUGGGAUUAAAGCCAUGGGUGCCAGAAGAAUUGCUCUUUCCGAUGCCCGUUCGCGUGUUUUGAACAAGGAGCCAUUAUUUGAUCAUAUUAUUUACAAAAACAUGGCUCUUUUCAUCAGUUCUUGCUGGUUUUAUUUUGCCCGAUUCGUCUUCUUUCUGGUUAGAUUCACCGCCCGGCGUGUUUUUAGAAUUAAAAUGGAAGAGGGCUCUGAAGAAGUAAUUGAGGAUUACUCUGUUUCGUUAGAGCCAGUGUCCGAACCGAAUGAGAUGGAGGGGAGAGAUUUCAAUGGCUUUGGUGAGGAGGAGGAGGAAGAAGAGCAUUCAAGUUUCAGUUUCAAAUUUGAAUAUCAGAUUCCUAAGAUCAGUACUAUAACCAAUAAGGAGGGCGAAGUUCCUAUCACAGAGGAAAAUUACCAGACGAAGACCACAAAUAUCAGUAAUUAUCGUGUCGUAUCAGAGAGAGAUUUUAGUGGGUUUGUUGAAGAGCCUGAAUCCGUGACCAUUCGGGUUCUCGAGUCUUUUGUUGAUCGCUGUGAAGAGAAAAUAGACUCAAAGCCCUUGUCAGGAAAAAACUUUGAGGGGUUCGUAAAAAAGCCAGAACCUGCAACUUUUCAAGCUCACGAGUCCUUCGCUGAUGGUAGCGAAGAGAAAAAAAUAGAAGGUGAAUUGUUGGCCGACGAUGAUUUUGGCAGGCUCGUUAAAAAUCCAGAAGCAGUGCCGUUUCAAGCUCAUGAGUCUUUUGCUGAUAUCGGUGAGGAGAAAUUAGAAGCUAAGUUCUUGCCAGAGAGAGAUUUUAUCGGGUUUGGUGAACAGCCCGAAGCUAAGGUCUUUCAAGUUCAUGAAUCUUUUGCCAAUAGCAGCGAAAAGAAAAUGGAGUCUGAAAUUUUAUCAGAUGAAGAUUACAGUCCGUUUGUAGAGGAUCCAGAAGCCAUGUCCGCUCGAGUUCAAGCUUAUUUCUCUGACAGUUGCGAAGAAACAUUAGAACCAGAGCCUUUCGUUGGUAGCGAUGAAGAAAAUUUCGAAUCAGGAUUCUUAUCAUCCGAAGAAUUUAAGAAGUUUAGUAUUCAAUCCCCAGUUGUCAUGUUCCUAAAGGAUCAAAAAUUGGAGGGGAAAAGAUCAAAUGAGAAAGAAGCUAUAAGCAACUUUUCCGGUUUUGACUCGGAUUCUGACUCAAUAAGCUUCAGUGAUGGCUACUCUGUCAAGGACCUUGAAGUAGAUUCAGAGAAUGAUGGAUUUUUGUCGGAGAGGGAUUUUGGUGAUAAAGAGAGUUCUUUAGUUUCUAGUACAUUUGAGAUGGAACUAAGGGAGAACAUGGAGAAAAUCGAAGAAGGCCAGUUUUCGAGUCAAACCAAUUACAGAAACAUUUAUGAUGGCUUUAUUUCUGACAAAGGCUUCAAUGAGCUUGAGAGGAUUUCAGAAGAAAAGCUUCACGAGAAUUACUCUCCUUACACUGAUAAAUUAAGCCAGCUGGACGAAGUUUGGUCUGAAAAUGAAUCCCUUGAUCCUGAAUUGGAGCUGAAGGAAUUAAACACAGGCAAAAUUGGUGACGCCCCCUCGCCACAAUUCAGCGUGCAAAUGGAGUUCAUGGAUUCUAGUGACGAUGAACUUUCUUAUUCAAGAAAGGAUAGCAACAAAUUUGACAGUUCAGAGUUCGGACAUAAGGAUUUGAAUUUAGAGGGUGAAUCCAAUAGUUAUAAUUUUGAUCGUCUAAACGCAAACGGGGGCUCGAAUGAAGGAAGUGAAAAGAGAACAGAGGAAGAAAAUUCUGACGGGACCAAGAUGAAGGAUUUAGAUUACGAUGACUUUGAUGAGUUGGAAUCUCUAUGGGAACAUCAGGAUCUGAUAGAGCAGCUGAGGAUGGAACUGAAGAGAGUCAGAGCUAUUGGGCUUCCUACUAUCCCUGAGGAAUCAGAGAGCCCAAAGACUAUGGAAGAUCUGAAGCCAUGGAAGUUUGACGAGAAGUUCAUGAAGGAGGACCCCUUGAAUGAGAUGCACAAGUUCUAUAAGAGUUACAGAGAAAGAAUGAGAAAGCUUGAUAUCCUCAACUAUCAAAAGAUGUAUGCAAUUGGCUUUCUCCAGCUGAAGAAUCCACUUGAAUCCUUGGGAGCUUCAAAGCCCUUGAUUCCAACAAUAAUCUCUCACGUCUCUCAAAAUUUAAGACACCGCAGAAAAUCCAUCACCGACCCAUCAGAGAAAUUCUUGAAAGAACUCCAAGUCGACUUAGAAACAGUAUACGUAGGCCAAACAUGCCUCUCAUGGGAAUUUCUACACUGGCAAUUUGAAAAGGCCCGAGAGCGUCGGGAUUCUGAUCCGUAUAGAAGCCAUCGAUACAAUCAAGUGGCCGGAGAAUUCCAACAAUUUCAAGUUACGGUUCAAAGGUUCGUAGAGAACGAGUCGUUUCAAGGGCCUAGACUACAAAACUACGUCAAGAAUCGUUGUGUGCUGAGAAAUCUCCUCGAAGUUCCUGUCGUAAGAGAGGAUCGUUUGAAGGACAGAACGGAGGAGAGAAAGAAAGGUAAUUACGCGGCGACGCGCGAGACGUUAGAAGACGUAAGGGACAAGAUGGAGGAGAUGGAGAAAGCGAUCACGAGCGAGAAGUUGGAGGACAUAAUGGAGGAGUGCAUCAGAGUUUUCUGGGAAUUUGUCAAGGCGGACAAGGAUGAAACUCCGACCAUAUUAAAGGGUCUGCUAAGAAAUCACGCAGAACUCCAAGAUCCAUCAGAUUUCAAGCUCUUGUCAGAAAUCCAAGCGAGCCUGCAGAGAAAAGAUAAGAAAUUGAAGGAUAUCUUGAAGACGGGCAACUGCCUAGUUAAGAAAUUCAAGAAGCCUCGCGAAGACCGGUCAAAUCAAGAUCUCUUCUUCUCUCAGGUAGACAUGAAGCUGAUAUCAAGAGUACUAAAGAUGUCGAGGAUUACAACAGAUCAGCUGGUGUGGUGCCAUAUGAAAUUGAGCAAGAUCACGUUCGCAGAUAGAAAGAUCCACAGGGAACAAUCUUUUUUGCUUUUCCCGUGCUGAGAUACGAUGCAUGGUUUUCAAUUUUCCCUUUUAAAAUUUCUCGGUGUAAUUAAUUUCUAGAGCGAGUCUAGGUUAAUAAGGUCUGUAAAAGAUUUUGCUAGUUUGUCACUCACAAAGUUACAUGUGGUGUUAGUAAUUUUCUUUCAAA